AUGAGCGAGACUGCCGAAAUGAAAGUAGACCCAACCAGAGCCAGCGCCCUCAUCUCGCAAUUACAGGGCGUCAAAGAUAAAAUCGCCGCCGUUGCCAAGGGGCGUCCUGUACGACUCGUAGCAGUCUCCAAACUCAAACCCGCAAACGACAUCCUCGCCCUCCAUGAAGCCCCUGAGACAAAACACCUCCACUUUGGGGAGAACUACUCGCAAGAACUGACCCAAAAAGCCGAGCUCCUCCCCAGGACGAUUCAAUGGCACUUCAUCGGCGGUCUUCAAUCAAAACACACCAAAAACCUCGCCAAAAUUCCCAACCUUUUUUGCAUCUCCAGCAUCGACACCCUCAAAAAGGCUGAGCUCCUUGACAAGUACCGCGGUGAUCAAAUUGCUGCAGCGACCAACCCGGAUAUUUUCGGCAAGAUCAAAGUUCAUGUGCAGGUCAACACUUCGGGGGAAGAGUCCAAGUCGGGAUGUGCACCAGGGCAGGAGACAGUGAAGCUGUGCAAGAAGAUCGAGAAUGAGUGCCCUAAUUUGGAGUUGUUGGGGUUGAUGACUAUUGGGGCAAUUGCACGGAGUAGGGAGACGACACCGGAGAAUGAGAAUGAGGAUUUUCAGGUGUUGAGGGAGCAGAGGGAUUUGGUGAGGAAGGAGCUUGGGUUGGGGGAAGAGAGACUGCUGGAGUUGAGUAUGGGGAUGAGUGAGGACUUUGAGGGGGCGAUUGCGAUGGGGAGUGAUGAGGUGAGGGUGGGGAGUACGAUUUUUGGGGCGAGGGGGCCGAAGAGUGAGGCUGUUGUUGUUGUUGCUUAG